AGAAAAAUGGAACGCGCCAUUUCCUGCCCCACUAUUUAUCGUUCUAACAACUGCUACUAAACGUCGCCACCAGAAUAGUCUGUGACGAACAUCGUCACCAAACCGGCAACAUGAAAACAUUGGCCACACUUGUGUUUCUGUGGACGGCGCAGACUGUUUGGUGUUACGACGACACGAACUUUGUGGCAGCCGUGUACGAACAUGCGGUAACGUGGGCGUCUGACCCAGGCCAACCCCCAACCCGACAAGAGGCGCUGGACUUCAUGAAACCAAACCUGGAUGUCUACCAAGUUCAAACAAGAGAGGCCAAGUGGCGGGGUGCGGACAUAAUAGUGUUCCCCGAGGACGGAAUUUACGGAUUCCAAUCACGAGACGACUUAUAUCCGUACUUGGAGACGAUCCCCGACCCGGAGAGGAUCGUAUGGAACCCUUGCGACGAUCCCGGCCGCUUCAACGACACCCAAGUCCAGCGUGAGCUCAGCUGCAUGGCCAAAGAAAACGACAUCUACGUUGUCGCGAACUUCGGCGACAAGCAGUUUUGCCAAGUUUCUGAAGACAGUUCCUGUCCUACUGACGGUAGAUACCAGUUUAACACGGACGUGGUCUUCGAUAAUGAGGGCACACUAGUCGCCAGGUACCACAAGGAGCACCUGUUCAUGAGCGAACUCCAGUUCAACCGCCCGCCGUCAGUGGAGUUCACAACUUUCCAGACCCCGUUCGAGUUCGGCGUCUUCGCCUGUUUCGAUGUCCUGUUCCGCGACCCUGCUGUUGGUUUGGUGGAAGACUACGGCGUGGACACGAUCGUGUUUCCGACGGCAUGGAUGGACGUUUUGCCGCUUUUCGUGUCCGUGGAAUUCCACCAAGCCUGGGCUAUGGGCAUGGGCGUCAACUUCCUGUCCGCUAACACGCACGUUAUCGAGAGACGUAUGACCGGAAGUACUAUCUCAACCCCUUCCGGUGCCGUUAGCUACUAUCACGACAUGAGCUCCACCGAAGGAAAGCUAUUGGUCGCAGAAAUCCCCAUCAAACCAAUGAAAAGGGCCGUUACGUCGACGGAGCUACCAAUCACAGAGCACGACACAGCGUUUGUUUCUGACUUGUUCGGCGACCCUUUCACUUUCGUUGAGCUGCAGAAGGAAAGCGAUUACGUCAUUGUCUGUCAAAAUGACUUGUGUUGUAGCCUGAAUUACACAAAAUCGGGAAGCACGUCGGAAAUCUACGCUUUCGGUGUCUUUGAUGACCUUCACACGAAUGAAGGUCAAUACUACCUACAGAUUUGCGCACUCGUCAAGUGCGCCAACUCGUCACGUGACAGCUGCGGCCAGCCAACCAGCGACGCGCAGACGACAUUCUCGCACCUCCAGUUGGCGGGAAACUUCAAGUUCCCUCACGUCUUCCCAGAGGUUCUGACGAAGGGUGUUGGAAUGGACCUUGCAGUGGGUGAAUGGAGUUACCAGGACGGUGCCUUAGUAAGCACAUCCGGGAUCUCCACGCCUCUACUUUCUGCCGCUCUAUUCGGAAGGGUGUACGAAAGGGAUGACGGGAAAUUCAGGCAUGCAAGUGGCGCGAAGCAGCUCUGCCCUUACUCCCUUCUGCUGUUCAUCUUGUUUUCUGUUUUACAGGGCACUUUAGUCGAAUGAUUGUACAUGUAACUGUACAAGGAAAACGGCUCCGCACCUGAGGCGUCGCCAAAAAGGCACCUCAUGCACGAGGUCGUGCUUAGCGAAACAGUUCUCUAAUUUUUAACUACAAUGUGUGUGUGUGUUCAUGUGUGUGUGUGUGUGUGUGUGUGUGUGUGUGUGUGUGUGUGUGUGUGUGUGUGUGUGUGUGUGUGUGUGUGUGUGUGUGUGUGUGUGUGUGUGUGUGUGUGUGUGUGUGUGUGUAUGUGUGUGUGUGUGUGUGUGUGUUUGCUUAGUAAGGAUAAAGGACAGGUGUGUUUAACAUACUGAGCAUAAAUAGUAUGUUAGUAUGCUUGACUGUCAGUGAAUGGAGUUCAGCUUCAAACGCAAUGAGAAAAAGACACUGUCAGAGAAGCCCUGGGGCUCAAAGGACAGGUAUGUUUGACGUGUGUUUGCGUGGAGAGUAUCGUAGUGAAGAGGCGAUGUGCCUUCAAGAGGUCAACAGAGGACAUGGUCAUGGUAGGUACGGCUACAAACCUAGCUGAAACGCUAUCUAACGGUUGUUUCUUGAAUCACACCCAGUCAUACAGUUAGAAAUAUUGUUACGCUCACCAAGGAUAUGUUGUCAAAUGUUCACAUGUAGUUAUUCUAAAGUAGUCUCACCUCGUCUUUCUUUCUAUUGAAUGAUUAAACGUUUUUUAAACAA